GACAUAGUGGUGGCGUUGGACGGCCACAUCUAUGACGGCAUGCUGGUUGCUAUCCCCCAACUAUUCUUUUAUCAUUCCAAUACCUUGGAAACCAAGAAAAACCCAAUUCAGUAAACAUAUACCUCUGUAUUUAGUAUGUUUAAAGCCCUUCAUCACUCCAUAUGCUGGCGUGCCGCCAUCCCUUCCACUUUACUUCACUCUAAAUCCUUUCUUCUGGGAUCUCAAAUGGACCUCUCUACCACCUCCUCUCAUAUGUCGAAGUUCCUCUUUCGCCAGCUUUUCGAGAAGGAGUCUUCUACUUAUACCUAUCUCUUGGCUGAUGUCUCUCACCCUGAUAAGCCUGCCCUCUUGAUUGACCCAGUAGACAGGACUGUGGAUAGAGAUCUCUCUCUUGUUAAAGAUUUAGGGCUGAAGCUCAUAUAUGCUAUAAACACCCAUGUGCAUGCUGAUCAUAUCACUGGAACUGGCCUAAUUAAGACUAAAGCUCCAGCUGUGAAAUCAAUUAUUUCAAAAGCCAGCAAUUCAAAAGCCGAUAUUCUGGUUCAAUCUGGUGAUAAAAUCUACUUCGGUGAUCUUUUCCUGGAGGUUCGAGCUACUCCUGGACAUACAGUAGGUUGUGUUACCUAUGUUACAGGAGAGGGACCUGAACAACCUCAACCGAGGAUGGCAUUCACAGGAGAUGCGGUAUUGAUACGAGGAUGUGGAAGGACAGAUUUCCAGGGAGGAAGUUCGGAGACCCUCUACAAGUCAGUGCAUUCACAGAUAUUCACAUUACCAAAGGAUACAUUGAUAUAUCCUGCUCAUGACUACAGAGGUUUCACUGUGAGUACUGUGGGGGAGGAGAUGCUCUACAAUCCUCGCUUAACAAAGGAUGAGGAAACAUUCAAGAACAUCAUGGCAAAUCUUAAUCUGGCCUACCCAAAGAUGAUGGACAUUGCAGUCCCCGCAAAUAUGGUAUGUGGUUUUCAGGAUCCGACUCCCAACAAAGCCUGCUGAACCUCUGUAAGUCUGGAUGUUGCUUAUUAUAAAUAAGAACUUGGUGGAGUCUUAUAUGAAAGGUUAUGAAGAAAAAUGGUGGUUGGGUAUGGAAGUGAUGAACAAAUGGCCAAGUGAUAUGAGCUUUCCUAGUGUUAAUUGUGACAAACAUGUACUCCACAUGGCGUUGUAUAACUAUUUAACAUUAACAAAGCAUAUGAUUUUAGGAUUUCCAUCU